AUGUCGUUUCAAGAAGACUGGAGGAAAAUUGACAUUGACGCCUUCGAAACCGAGAAUCAUCUCUCACCAGAAGAUCUCAUUCCUGAUUCAAUUCCAGCCACUCCUCAAUCCACCAUUGAAUCUGUCUCCCAACAAAUCCGUAAUCAAUUAUCAACGGGACAAUUCCAGGACGCACUUGCCCUUGCACUUGAUUCAGCACCAUAUGUCUCCACACCAGAAACCAAAUCCCUCCAUGCCCGUACUGUUUUUGAAACUUUGUGUUCGAUCAGAAAUAACAAUUCUCUUAAUGAUUUGGACCAAUUUAUUCAUGGUUUGAAUAGUGAACAACAAGAAACUUUGAUAAAAUAUUUAUAUAAAUCGAUGAGUGAGGAAUAUGGUCAAAAACAAGGAGGUUUAUUAUUGAGUUGGUUCGAAAAAGCAGUCGAGAUUGGGGGAUUGGGACCAAUUGCUCGAUAUUUGACUGAUAGAAGAACUGUAUAG